GCCGCGCGGACCCACUUCCCUCCCAACACAAUCCCCGUGGGUACAGGCCCCCGCAUUCCUGCAACGACUCGGUCUUCCAGAGAGGAGCUGGGUCCUCCCCUUCUGAGCCUCGGACCCUCGGACCCUCAAGUGGCGCCGUCCUUUGCAGCGGCAGCCUCCCUGCCUCUCCCCCUCCCGAACUGCGGGCGGAGUGGCUGGGGCCGGACCCGGCCGGCAGAGCCUGAGGUAGGUGGUCGGGGCACCGCAGCCGAGCAACAGUGCGGUCCAGAGCGGAAGGGGUGUCGCCUGCCGGCCACUCUGAGGACACCGGGAGGGGAAAUUCCUGGGGUGGGAGUCAGGGUUCAUGGGAGAGGUGGAGGCAGGCGGGGGCUGGCUGUUGGGCAGGAGGCAUUGCCGGGUGCAGCGGCCUGACCUUCCGGGGCCCGUGGGGGCGGGGUGCCCGGCUGGCCCCUCCGCCCGCCUCCCUGCCCAUUCUCCCUGCGCCCUGCACUCCAAACCCAGCCGCGGGCCCUGGCAGCCCGCUCAGCCCCAUGACCACCGGACACCUGGCCGCCGUCCUGGGCAGACCCCGCCGAUGUCGGGAGCGAUCUUCGCGCCCCCGGAGGGCCCAGGCGCUCUGGACACCGCGAGCGGCCACCCGCUCCUGUGUCCGCUGUGCCACGCGCAGUACCAGCGCCCCUGCCUGCUCGACUGCUUCCACCACGUCUGCGCCGGCUGCCUGCGCGGCCGCGCCGCCGACGGCCGUCUCGCCUGCCCGCUGUGCCAACACCAGACGGUGGUGAAGGGCCCCAGUGGGAUCCCUCCCGUGGACCGGCUGCUUCAGUUCCUCGUGGACAGCUCGGGGGACAGCCUGGAGGUGGUGCACUGUGCCAACUGUGACCUGGAGUGCAGCAAGCAGGACUCCGAGACCACGUACUUCUGCAACACGUGUGGGCAGCCGCUGUGCGCGCGCUGCCGCGAAGAGACGCACCGAGCACGCAUGUUUGCGCGCCACGACAUCGUGGCCCUGGGCCAGCGCAGCCGCGACGUGCUCCAGAAGUGCCCGCAGCACGCGGAGCCCUACAUCAUGUUCUCCACCGACAAGAAGUCGCUGCUGUGCAUCCGCUGCUUCCGGGACAUGCAGGGGGAGAGCCGAGCCCACUGCGUGGACCUCGAGUCGGCCUACGUGCAGGGCUGCGAGCGGCUGGAGCAGGCGGUGCUGGGCGUGAAGGCCCUGCAGACGGCCACGCGGGAGGCCAUCGCGCUGCUGCAGACAAUGGUGGAGGAGGUGCGGUGCAGCGCGGCGGAGGAGGAAGCCGCCAUCCACUCCCUGUUCGGCAGCAUGCAGGACAAACUGGCCGACAGGAAAGCGCUGCUGCUACAGGUCGUGCAGAGCCAGUAUGAGGAGAAGGACAAAGCCUUCAAGGAGCAGCUCUCCCACCUGGCCGCCCUGCUGCCCACGCUGCAGGUUCACCUGGUCAUCUGUUCCUCCUUCCUCAGCCUGGCCAACAAGGCCCAGUUCCUGGACCUGGGCUACGAGCUGAUCGAGAGGCUGCAGGGCAUCGCCACACGGCCGCAUCGCCUCCAGCCGGCGCAGAGCAGCAAGAUCGUCAGCGACCACCGCGCCGAGUUCUCCCGCUGCCUGGAACCGCUGCUGCUGCCGCCGCCGGGGCCUCACCGGGCAGCGGGUGCUGGGGGCGGCACCCACACGUUAGCAGGGGGCUCAGGCCCCAAGGGGCUGGGGGUGCCCGGCUGCCCGUCCCCGGUAGGGAAGGUGUUGGGGCCAGCGGUCCAGAAGCCCACGCUGCACCGGUCCAUCAGCACCAAAGUGCUGCUGGCAGAGGGGGAGGACACGCCCUUCAUGGAGCACUGUCGCCACUUUGAGAACGCCUACCGGCGCCUGCAGGCCGACACGCAGAGCCUGAAGGACCAGGUGCAGGAGCUGCACCGGGACCUCACCAAGCACCACUCGCUCAUCAAGGCCGAGAUCAUGGGCGACAUCCUGCACAGGGCCCUGCAGGUGGACGCCCGGAUCGCCGCGCAGCACGCUUCCGUGGAGGGCAGGAGGGCCGUCUUCCAGGAGCUGUGGGAGGAAACCUACCAGCGGGUGGCCGACGAGCAGGAGAUUUAUGAAGGUCCCGGGCAGCCGCUGCCAGUGCACCCCGCCCUAGAGCUAACCCCUGUGCCGGUAGGGAUAGGAAACCAGGGACCCACUAACCAGACCCGAAAACCCCCCCUGCUCUUCCCCCUCGCCCCUGACCGGGCCUCGCAGCUGCUAACGGGCCCCCAGACGACGCGCCUGAGGUCGGAAUCCACCCAGCUCCGCGACCUUGUCCAGCUGAAGCAGGAGAACGCCCGCCUGACCGCCAUCACCAAGCACAUCACGCCCUACGUGCGCUCCAUCGCCAAGGUGAAGGAGCGGCUGGAGCCCAGGUUUCAGGCACCUGUGGACGAGGAGUGCCAGCACCUACAGAACGUGCGUGAGGACGGCACAGGCGAGGAGAUGCAGGCCAGGGGAGACCCGGUGUGCGCCACGGACAAGAGGGAGCAGACCUCAGAGCCCAGAGGAGGCGGCCCCUCCCUGGACGGCCCCCCAGGAGAGCCUGCACCGAAAAACAGAGAUCCUCACGGACCCAAACCAAAAAACGGGGGUGAUGGCCCCCCUCGGAGGGAGCACCCCACUUAGCCAAUGGGGCAGGUCCCAGGGUCUUGGGCGCAGCCCGCUGAGAGGGGGCUCCCCUCGGGACGGCUUUGUCUGAGGGCAGAAGGUGACUGUCUCCCAGCAAACCCAGAAACGCUCUGAAAGGCCCUCGUUUCCGAUCCUUUGGCUUCGCUUUCCCCGCGUUCACCCAGCCUGAUGUCUGGUCCUCACCGCGGUGACCGGUGACCGGGGAGGAGCGCCAGCCUACAGGGACAGCGAGUGAGGGAACAGCCAGCCUCACGCCACUCCCUGGUCCAGCCUCUCCCGGUGCCUGUGCGUGGGCCCAUCCUGGGGUCACCCGAGUGCCCAUGAGGACUGGCAGCUCUGUACGUGGGUGACGGGACUCCACCCUGAAAGGAACCCAGUUCCUCCCACAUCACAGCCCCACUGUCAGCCGGGAGCCACUGGGCGGCUCCUCCCGGGACCCGAGCGCUGACCCAGCCGAGGGGAGAAACCUGCGCCCACUCCCCCUCCCUGCCCGGCCAGGCGGGGCUCCCAGGGCAGCAUGCACGGCCGGGAGGGGGGUCCCUCCACAGCCCCUCCGCUCCCUCUCCCACGGCCGUCACACCCCGUGCCCGCCUCCUGUUGCUUACUGAAGUGGAGUCGGCGGCAGACUUUCUCCGGGUGUGCCCCACUCCUACCUGAUGCCCUGUUCACAGGUGGAAAAUUGGUACUUUUCCAAAAGCAAAAUUAACCUCUGGGACCUAAUUUUCGAAGUUUUGGAGGCAAAACGAUGCCCAGAGAGACACCUGUAAGCAAACAUCCAUCUUGAUUCGGUGGUUCAAACGGUGAACGGCUUCCCCACGCCAGCUGGGCCCACACGUCACUACGGGACUGUCACGGGUGAACUUCUGACACCCCUGGACCUGCCAUCUCAGGCCCCCGAGUCCCCGUGCCGAAGCACCGCACACUCCCAUGGGGGCUGACAGCGCACGGGCCGCUGGCAUCAAGAGCCGCCGAGAGGUGGGAGUUCAGAACCGAAUCGAGGGGCAGGAUGCCCCUGGUUGAGGGUGCGGGUCCAGACGCCUCUCAGCCGGAAGUGGCACGCCCCGAGGGGUCCACGUCCCACACAAUCACACCGUGGUGGCUGCUCGUAGUGAAACCAAGUACAGCUUUAUUUCAGGUUCGGGAAGGAUUAUCGGUACUUGUGAAACAAAACCCAAUUGAAAACACAGGAAUAAACAUUUCUGCAUGUAAAAAGAAGAGUAGAAUAAUUACUCCAUUCGUCCCUCUCCUGGCUGUGGACGCGAGCGCUUCCCGUGGCUGGUUUGCCCGGCCCAGGCCCCUGCCCGGCUCAGGCCCCUGCCCGGCCUGGGCAGCAGGCUUGCAUAGCAGGGCACAGACAGCAAGCCCCCCCCACGCGGGCAGUCCCGGGUCCUCUACAGAAGCAGAAACGGCGGGAGGCGGCAGCUGCCUAAGGCAGUGAGAAAGUGCACAGAGGGGGCACUGGAUUACCCUGCCUGCUGGGGGGGGGGGGGGGGGGUUGCCACUGGAAGGCGCUGCUGCGGCUGAGACCUGCGGAGCCAAACCUGUUAAUACGACGAGCCAGCUCAGGGGCAUUUCCCCACCGUGUCAUGGCCCAGAGGGCUCGAUGGAUGGGACGGGGAAGACGGGGGCGGCGUGGGGGUGGGGGCAUCCAGUCUACUUUUAGGCUCCGGGGGCAGCGCGCACACCGAGGGCCUCUGGGGCUCGCCGCCCCCCCCCCCCCCCCGUGCUGUAACUGCCGUUCUCAGUCCAGCCCGCACACCCCUGUAAAACACGUCCUUUCAGGAGGCUCCGAAGUAACUUUGUUCUGUGCGCUGCCUGGGUUCUGCUUAGGAACCUGCACUUUAAA